ACCUCCUGCGAAGGUUGCCACGGCCAGGAGCGAAGGGACCAGCAGGAGGGAGUCACGCCUGACCAGAGGGUGGGCGGUGGGCCCGUAGAGCCGAGUCCCUGCUCGUCCGACCCCCGCCGCUCACUCUGUACCCCUGCCCGGGAGCAGAGGGCUCGUGCUCGGCGACCCCCCACCGCUCUGCGGGGGGGGCAUCGCCCCGUGACAGGUGUUGCCUGGUUGGGCCCAGAAAUGGGACGUCGAGCCUCUUGGGUAGUGUAGACUCAGCCAGGGCCCCUGCACGCCGCUGCUGCUGUGGCAGGAAGUGAGCCAGCUGCCGAAGGAUGUCCACCACGGCGGUCGCCCCCCCGGGGAUCCCAGCGGCCCCGGGCCCUGUGAAUGCCACCCCCCCACCCGCCCCGCCGCCAGAGGUCUCCAACCCCAGCAAGCCUGGCCGCAAGACCAACCAGCUGCAGUACAUGCAGAACGUGGUGGUGAAGACGCUCUGGAAGCACCAGUUUGCCUGGCCCUUCUACCAGCCCGUGGACGCCAUCAAGCUGAACCUGCCGGACUAUCACAAGAUCAUCAAGAACCCGAUGGACAUGGGCACCAUCAGGAAGAGGCUGGAGAACAACUACUACUGGAGCGCCAGCGAGUGCAUGCAGGACUUCAACACCAUGUUCACCAACUGCUACAUCUACAACAAGAAGGUGGCCCAGAUGCCCCAGGAGGAGGUCGAGUUACUGCCCCCCGCCCCCAAGGGCAAAGGCCGGAAGCCCGCUGCGGGAGCCCCGAGCGCAGGUACGUACCAGGUGGCGGCCGUCUCCUCCGUCUCCCCAGCAGCCCCCUUCCAGAACGUGCCCCCCACCGUCUCCCAGACGCCCGUCAUUGCUGCCACCCCCAUCCCAACCAUCACAGCGAACGUCACGUCAGUCCCCGUCCCCCCGGCUGGCCCCCCUCCUCCCGCGACACCCAUCGUCCCUGUGGUCCCUCCCACGCCGCCCGUAGUCAAGAAGAAGGGCGUGAAGCGGAAAGCGGACACGACCACGCCCACGACCUGGGCCAUCACCGCCAGCCGGAGCGAGUCGCCCCCGCCGCUGUCUGAGCCCAAGCAGGCCAAGGCCGUGGGGCGGCGGAAGAGCGGGGGCCGCCCCAUCAAGCCGCCCAGGAAGGACCUGGAGGACGGCGCGGUGCCGCAGCACGCCGGCAAGCGGGGCAAGCUGUCCGAGCACCUGCGCCACUGUGACAGCAUCCUGAAGGAGAUGCUGUCCAAGAAGCACGCGGCCUACGCCUGGCCCUUCUACAAGCCCGUGGACGCCGAGGCGCUGGAGCUGCACGACUACCACGACAUCAUCAAGCAUCCCAUGGACCUCAGCACCGUCAAAAGGAAGAUGGACAGCCGCGAGUACCCGGACGCACAGGGCUUCGCCGCCGAUGUCCGCUUGAUGUUCUCCAACUGUUACAAGUACAACCCUCCUGACCACGAGGUGGUGGCCAUGGCCAGGAAGCUGCAGGACGUCUUCGAGAUGAGGUUCGCCAAGAUGCCGGAUGAGCCCGCCGAGACGCCGGCGCUGCCGGCCCCCGCAGCGCCAGUGGUGAGCAAGGGCGCUGAGAGCAGCCGCAGCAGCCAGGAGACCUCCUCGGACUCGGGCAGCUCGGACUCCGAGGAGGAGCGGGCCACCAGCCUGGCCGAGCUGCAGGCGCAGCUGAAGGCCGUGCACGCCCUGUCCCAGGCGCCGGUGAACAAACCAAAGAAGAAGAAGAAGAAGGAGAAGGAGAGGAAGAGGAAGGACAGGGAUAAGGACAAGCACAGGGCCAAGGCCGAGGAGGACAAGAAGGCCAAGGCGGCGCCGCCCGCCAAGCAGGCCCCACAGAAGAAGGCACCCGCCAAGAAGGCCAACAGCACCGUGGCGGCCGGCAGACAGCCGAAGAAAGGAGGCAAGCAGGCGUCGGCGUCCUACGACUCGGAGGAGGAGGAGGAGGGCCUGCCCAUGAGCUACGAGGAGAAGCGGCAGCUGAGCCUGGACAUCAACCGGCUGCCGGGGGAGAAGCUGGGCCGCGUGGUGCACAUCAUCCAGUCCCGGGAGCCCUCGCUGCGCGACUCCAACCCCGACGAGAUCGAGAUCGACUUCGAGACGCUGAAGCCCACCACGCUGCGGGAGCUGGAGCGCUACGUCAAGUCCUGCCUGCAGCGGAAGCAGCGGAAGCCGCUGUCAGGCAGCGGGAAGAAGCAGGCGGCCAAGUCCAAGGAGGAGCUGGCGCAGGAGAAGGAGAGGGAGCUGGAGCGGCGGCUGCAGGACGUGCGCGGGCAGCUGAGCGGCAGCAAGAAGCCGGCCAGGAAAGAGAAGUCCGGCUCGGCGCCCCCGGGGGGCCCCUCCAGGCUGAGCAGCAGCAGCUCCUCGGAGUCGGGGAGCAGCAGUUCCAGCGGCUCGAGCUCCGACAGCAGCGACUCGGAGUGAGGACGCGGCCCUCCCGAGACCCCGCCCGCCCCCUCUGUGGUUAAUAUACUACUUCUGUUCAUGGCGUGCAGGCUUGAUUCUCAGUGUUACGGUAUCUUCCAGUCCCGCGUGAACAGGCCCGCGGGCGCUCCCGCGGGAGCCUCGGCUCCAUGGGAAGGCGUGAACUCUGCACGGGACCGCGUGGAGAGGACGCCCGCCGCUGCCGCCCUGUAACCAUAAACACGGCGCGGGCGCGCGCCGGAGGACCCCGCGCCCCGCCGCCGGGAGCUCACGCCGGGCGCCGUGGCUGCGUUUGGAAGCUGUUGGCUUUGCAAACCGGUGCUGUCUCUGCCGCGCUGGCCGGGCGCGGGCCCCUGUCGGCCGCCGCCAGCCGGGCGCACCUGCUCCUGGGACGCCGGCCCCGCCCCCAGCAGCGAGGGCGGGGCGGCUGCGUGCGCGGCGAGCGUGCGGGUUUCCAGACACUGAAACUUUUUACCUCAACUUAAAGAAGAUUUAAGAGAAAAAAGAAAAAAGACUUUUUUUGUAAGGCUCAGCAGUUUUCUACACGAGUCCAGCCCCGUUGUGUCCCCAGCCGGUCAGCUCGCAGCCGCCGCCGGAGCCGCGUCCCCGGUUCUAUGUAUAUAUAAAUACUUUAUUUAUUAACAUCAUUGGUCAUAAAAAAAAAAAAAGAAAAGAAA